GAUUUGUCCCGCCCACCGCCGCCAGCCAAGUUCCGUUUCCGGCUUGCUGGGCACUAGGGUCCAGAAAGUGACCGCUGCCGUGGUCGCCAUGGGGAAGUCGGAUUUUCUUACUCCCAAGGCUAUCGCCAACAGGAUCAAGUCCAAGGGCCUGCAGAAGCUACGCUGGUAUUGCCAGAUGUGCCAGAAGCAGUGCCGGGACGAGAAUGGCUUUAAGUGUCAUUGUAUGUCCGAAUCUCAUCAGAGACAACUAUUGCUGGCUUCAGAAAAUCCUCAGCAGUUUAUGGAUUAUUUUUCAGAGGAAUUCCGAAAUGACUUUUUAGAACUUCUCAGGAGACGCUUUGGCACUAAAAGGGUCCACAACAACAUUGUCUACAAUGAAUACAUCAGCCACCGAGAGCACAUCCAUAUGAAUGCAACUCAGUGGGAAACUCUGACCGAUUUUACUAAGUGGCUGGGCAGAGAAGGCUUGUGCAAAGUGGAUGAGACACCAAAAGGCUGGUAUAUUCAGUACAUAGACAGGGACCCAGAAACUAUUCGCCGGCAACUGGAACUGGAGAAAAAGAAAAAGCAGGACCUUGAUGAUGAAGAAAAAACUGCCAAAUUUAUUGAAGAACAAGUGAGAAGAGGCCUGGAAGGGAAGGAACAGGAGGCCCCUACUUUUACGGAAUUAAGCAGAGAAAAUGAUGAAGAGAAAGUCACGUUUAAUUUGAGUAAAGGAGCAUGCAGUUCAUCCGGAGCAACGUCUUCCAAGUCAAGUACUCUGGGACCAAGUGCACUGAAGACAAUAGGAAGUUCAGCAUCAGUGAAACGAAAAGAAUCUGCCCAGAGCUCAGCUCAGUCCAAAGAAAAGAAGAAGAAGAAAUCUGCACUGGAUGAAAUAAUGGAGAUUGAAGAGGAAAAGAAAAGAACUGCCCGAACAGACUACUGGCUACAGCCUGAAAUUAUUGUGAAAAUUAUAACCAAAAAACUGGGAGAGAAAUAUCAUAAGAAAAAGGGUAUUGUUAAGGAAGUAAUUGACAAAUAUACAGCUGUUGUGAAGAUGAUUGAUUCUGGAGACAAGCUGAAACUUGACCAGACUCAUUUAGAGACAGUAAUUCCAGCACCAGGAAAAAGAAUUCUAGUUUUAAAUGGAGGCUACAGAGGAAAUGAAGGUACCCUUGAAUCCAUCAAUGAGAAGACUUUUUCAGCUACUAUCGUCAUUGAAACUGGCCCUUUAAAAGGACGCAGAGUGGAAGGAAUUCAAUAUGAAGACUUUUCUAAACUCGCCUGAGUUUGAAAAUGUGUUAACAAUACAUUAAAAUCUUAAAGCAUCAAAUUGGUGUUCGCCAGGGCAUUAUGAGACUCUACUGUGUUAGGGUAUUCUUUUGUAUUAAAAAAACAGGUUUUUGAAAAUAUUACUGUAUAGUUGUUCAGCUAAACUUUGAGAACAAUUUAAUUAUGUCUCAUGAAGUAUCAAAACUAUGUAAUUUUGUCCUUGUUAUUUUUGUUUCCUUUGUAAUUUACUUGAUGAAUUUAUAUCUUCAUUAAAGAAUGUUAUUAUAAAGUGUUUUAUAUAUGACAAUUUAGAAUCAUGUAAUUGGAGGAAAUCCUUCAUACACUCUAAAUGUAUAUUUUCAGUAGUAGAGAAGUAAAGUUGAACUACAAGUGUAAUUAAAUUUUAAACGUAAAACUAUAAAUACAGAAGCAGCUUUAUUGUGGUAAUAAUUCAUAUACCAUUCAGACCACUCAUUUAAAAUAUACAUACAAUUCAGUGGUUUUCAGUAUUUUUGCAGAGUUGUGCAACCAUCACCACUGUCUGAUUUUAAAACACUUUCAUGCCCCAAAAUGAAGCCCUGUAAUAGUCAGUUGCUAUUUUUCCCCUCUGCCCUAGCCCUAGGCAGCCACUAAUGUACUUUCCGUCUCUAUGGAUUUCCCUUUCUGGACAUUUCUUAUAAAUGGAAUCAUAUAAUACAUGA